ACAAUGAAUUUUAAAUUUAAGCGCGCUUGUAUAUCGCGCUAGUUUGAGUAGGGAUUCGGCGCACGCAGAAGUUUCUUUUAGUUUUAGUAGAUUGGUAGAACCGUAGAACGAGAUUGCGUUGUUGUAAAAAUGGCGAGCAUUAAUGUAAAUUGUUCUUGUGCUUUUUACGUACAAAUAAAAUAUUAAAAGAAGAGUAAAUCUUUCCAUUUGGUCCUUCGAGCAACGGAUUCCUAAGUAAGAAGUCAAGAAUCAACAUUCGAAAUAAGUUCAUUGCAACAAGCAAACAACGACACGAUUACGCCAUCAAACGCAAGUACAGCGGACCAGUCAAGUAAAGGCCGAUCCCUCAAGUAAGCAUCCUAACAUUAUUACGUUCACGUUCAGUAUUCAUUUUAUUACCUAUCACAUUCUUUAAACAUGACGAAUGACGAAUUGAAUCUCAAAAAACUUGUGCAGAAAAGAGGCAUUUGUAAAGCCCAACUAACGAUGUUUGACACUUAUUUGAGCGGGUUAAAUACGGAAGAAUUAACCAGCACCGAUUUAACUAACAUAGAAAACAGAUUGCAAAAGUUACAACCAUUUUUUGAUUCCUUUAACGAUGUACAGAACGAAAUUGAAUGCUUAUCAGAGCAAAUCGACGUAAACGAAAGGCAAUUAUUUCAAGAUAACUUUUUUCAUUUGACAAGUCAAGCUAGCGACAUUUUAAUAAAAGCUAAGGAAAGCAGUAUUCAAUCGCGUUCUGUGCAAGGGCAUGAAAACUGCGAUGAUCGCAGUUGCGAUACGAGUUCACAUGUUACACGUAGGAAAAGUACCAGAGUAAAAUUGCCCACUAUUCAAUUGCCAACUUUUGAUGGUUCAUUUACACUAUGGCGGGAAUUUUAUGAUUCCUUCAAUGCGUUAAUACAUACAAAUUCGGAACUGUCCGAUGUGCAAAAACUAACUUAUUUAAAGGCUUCAUUAAAGGGUGAACCUGCUGGUUUAAUCAGUUCUUUGCAAACCACGCAUGAAAAUUAUCCUAUCGCAUGGGCACUAUUGCAAAAACGUUACGACAACAAAAGGCGCAUUGUAAACAAUCACAUAAAUUGUAUGAUGGAAAUGCCCACGAUGACACGUGAAUCGUGCGAAUCAUUAAAACAAAUUAUCAAUAUACAAAGUCACGUGCAAUGUUUAAGGUCUCUUGGCCAACCUGUGGAAGCGUGGGACGCCAUUUUGAUUUCAAUAGUUACAUCUAAACUCGAUUUUAACACAAAUAAAGAAUGGGAAGCAAAGCUGAGUACGAUGGAAGGUGAAGCAAAAGGAAAAAUCCCAUCAUUUGAAAGUCUCUUGUCAUUUUUAAACAAUAGAUUAAGCACAUUAGAAGCAAUCAAACGAAAACCUAGUGACAUCCCUAAGCAAUCACAAAAUUAUGUGCGUACCCCAAGAUCCGAAUCAAAAUCUUUUCAUGUAACUAGUUCCUCAUGCAUUCACUGCAACAAAGACCAUUUAAUUCAAAAAUGUGACACAUUUCUAAAACUUAAUGCGGAGGAGAGAAACAAAAGGGCUAGAGAGUUAAAGGCAUCACACAGAAUUACAUUAUGACAGAAACGACAACCCUAAAGGUUCAACUCAAAUCCCUACCAAGCACACUUCUGUAGUUCAGGCCAAUGAAUCAGAGCCCAAUGAAUCAGAGUCAAAUGUUUUAGUUUCACGAAUAUCGUCAACUCCCAGGGAUCAGGUUUUAUUAUCGACGGCAAAGGUAUUGCUUGUACAUAAGAAUGAAACGCGUGAAGUUCGAUGUCUUCUUGACUCGGCGUCACAAUCAAACUUUAUAACGGCAGAAACAUGUGAAAAAUUAGGUCUCACACUCGUUCCGAUUAAGAUUAAUGUAAUAGGUAUCAAUCAAUCAGCUAUGACAAUCUCCCACAAAGUUAACAUUACUCUCAAAUCUCGAAUAAAUGAAUUCACAGUCACAUUUUCAUGUUUAGUAGUCCCAAUAAUAUCAAAUUAUUUACCUACGGAAUCGUACCCAGUAAAUGUUUUCCAAAUCCCAUGCAAUUUAAAACUUGCAGACCCAGACUUCAAUAAGGCUGCUCCAAUUGAUUUACUCAUUGGUGCCGAUGUGUUUUACGACUUAUUAUGUGUAGGUCAAAUUAAACAAGUUAAUCUCCCAACCUUGCAAAAAACAAAAUUCGGAUGGGUAGUAUCUGGGAAGAUAAGCACUUUAAAUCAGAAACCUGUACAAAACAGCCAUACUUACCUCACGUUACAAGAAUUGCAUUCAAAUGUUGAAAAAUUUUGGCAAAUUGAUGAGUUCAUAGGCAAAGCAAGUGUUUUAACUGAAGAUGAAAGGUAUUGCGAAACGUUAUUCAAUAAAACAACAUCGCGUGACAACUCAGGCAAAUUUGUAGUUCGAAUUCCAUUCAAACCGAAUUUCAAAAAUAUAGGUAAUUCAUAUGAAAUAGCAGAAUCACGACUCCACUCACUAGAAACACGCUUAAGUAAAAAUCCAACUCUGAGGCAUGAUUAUACUAAAUUUAUGCAUGAAUAUUUCAAAUUAAAUCACAUGACCAAAAUCAAUUAUGACAAGCAUCAAUGUUUCUUUCUUCCGCACCAUGCUGUGGUGAGAGAAAAUAGUAAAACCACCAAGCUGAGGGUUGUUUUCGAUGGCUCAUGCAAACUAAAGUCGGGUAUUUGUGUAAAUGACGCCCAGUACAAAGGACCUACAAUACAAGACGAUUUAUUCUCUAUAAUAAGCAGAUUUAGGACGUAUCAAUUCGUAUUAAGCGGGGACAUUGAGAAAAUGUAUCGGCAAGUCCUCAUACACCCAGACGAUAGACGCUAUCAAAGGAUAUUAUGGAGAGACUCUCAACAUGAACCACUAGCCUGGUACGAACUUAACACUGUCACGUAUGGCAUGACUUCAGCACCCUUUCUGGCGACUAGAUGUUUAUUUCAAUUAGGGAUAGAUUGUGAAGCCAAUUUCCCUGUAGAGUCCCAAAUCAUAAAACAUGAUUUUUAUGUUGACGAUAUGUUAACUGGUUCGAAUUCACUUGAAACUUUAAAGCAAAUAAAAGACAACGUUGAUCACAUUUUAAAGUCUGCCGGAUUACAUUUAAGGAAAUGGAACAGCAACGUUACAGAUUUAAGAGAUACCAACUUAAGUGAAACUGUAAUAAAUGAAGACAUUCAGAAAACAUUAGGGAUAAAUUGGCACCCUGAUGAUGAUAAGUUUAUCUAUUCUACAAAGGCUUUAACUGCAUAUACUCAUAACACUAAACGCACCAUUUUGGCGACUGCCGCACAACUAUUUGAUCCUCUCGGUUUGUUAGCGCCCACAAUUAUUAUAGCCAAGUUCAUUUUGCAGGAGCUGUGGCGUUUAAACCUAACAUGGGACGAGACCGUUCCGUUAGACAUUCAGACAAAAUGGCUCAGAUACAAAAACGAAUUGCAGACAAUAAACCAAAUUCAUAUUCCACGUCAUACUUUAGUCAUUAAACCCAUUGAAGUUCAAUUACAUGCAUUUUCGGAUGCCUCCGAGAAAGGUUACGGGGCAUGCAUUUACUUGAGAUCUAUCAAUAAAAAUAAUGAAAUCAAAGUGAUGCUAUUAGCAGCCAAAUCUAGAGUAUCCCCAUUAAAAAAGACGACCAUUCCUAGACUCGAACUGUGCGCAGCUGUAUUGUCGGCUCAAUUGACUAACAAAUUUAAACAAAUUUUAAAUGUCGAAAUAAAAAAGGAAUACUAUUGGUGUGAUUCACAAAUAGUUUUAAGUUGGCUAAAGGCACCCAGUGAAAAGUGGAAGACUUAUGUAGCCAACAGGGUAUCGGAAAUACAAUCUCUAACAGACACAAAUAGUUGGCAUUAUGUACCAUCCGCAGAUAAUCCAGCAGAUUUAAUUUCGAGGGGAGCUUCUCCCAAACGAUUAGCCACAUCUACGUUGUGGUGGAACGGACCUAAUUGGCUCAAUACAUUAAAUGAUCAGUGGAACUUUCCAUGUCGUGAACUUCCAAACGAUUUACCAGAGUUAAAAAGGCAAAUUCAAUCCUUCCACAUUACGUCUGAAUCAACUAAAUUCCCAAUUGAAAAUUACUCCUCGUUCGAAACAUUGAAAAGGGUGAUUGCUUUCUGUGUGCGUUUCAAAAACAAUUGUCUAACACCUGCCCACGAAAGGAAUAUUGGAGCACUAUCAAUCAAUGAAAUAAAAAACGCUCUUAUGAUAAUAAUUAAACAAGUACAAUCUGAAACAUUUCCUAAAGAACUGGAAAGAUUAAAGCAAAACAAGCCCUUAAGCUCAAAGAGUACCCUGUUAAGUCUUACACCAUUUAUUGAUUCCUCUGGAAUUAUCCGAGUAGGCGGAAGAUUACAACAUUCUCAUUUCAAAUAUGAUAAGAAACACCCCAUAGUGCUACCCAAAAAUCAUCACCUUACGAAAAUUUUAUUUGUUUCCGAGCAUAACAGACUACUGCAUGCAGGAGCAAAAUUAUUGCUAAGUACGAUCCGCGAUCAAUUUUGGCCAAUACAUGGCAAAAAUACUGCCAAACUGGUAGUGCGUACCUGUAUUAAAUGCAUCAGAUUUAAAUCAAAGGUCAACAAUCCUCUAAUGGGUCAGUUGCCAGUGCAACGGACAAUUAUCAUGCCACCCUUUCAUUCAACAGGCAUAGACUAUGCGGGUCCGUUUAUGAUUAAAGACAAAAAGGGCAGAGGCAGUAAAAACUCAAAAUGCUACAUUUCUUUAUUUGUGUGUUUUUCCACCAAAUCAAUGCAUCUUGAAUUAGUCACCGAUUUAAGUACAGAAUGCUUUAUCGCUGCUCUAAGACGUUUCAUUGGUCGUAGGGGUAAGCCAUUACACAUAUUUUCUGAUAACAGCACCACAUUUGUAGGUGCCAAAAAUGAAUUACGGGAACUUAAUGAUUUUCUACAAAAUAAUGUUAUUGCAAUAACCAAUGCGAUGUCCGUAGAAGGUAUUACCUGGCACUUUAUUCCAGCUCGGUCGCCCCAUUUUGGCGGGCUUUGGGAGGCAGGGGUGAAAAGUGUCAAACAUCAUCUAAAAAGAAUCAUAUCAAACGAUUCAUUUACUUACGAAGAGUUCAGUACGCUAAUAAUUCAAAUUGAGUCAAUUCUAAACUCACGUCCAUUAACUUCCUUAACAAAUGAUCCUAACGACCUGGAUGUCCUCACUCCCGCUCAUUUCCUAAUCGGCCGUCCAUUUACAACAAUAGCAGAUCCAGAUGUUACGGACAUUCCUACAGCAAGACUGAGCCGUUACCAAUAUCUUCAAAGCUUGAAUCGACAAUUCUGGAGAAGAUGGUCGAAAGAAUAUAUUCAUGAGUUGCAGCAGCGAAACAAAUGGAGACGAAGUGAAAAUAACCAACUGAAACUAGACGACAUCGUUUUGAUAAAAGAAGACAACUUACCUCCAGCGAAGUGGAGCAUCGGAAGAGUCAUUCAAUUGCAUCCCGGUAUCGACAAGACAGUGCGUGUGGUAACUGUGAAAACCGCAUCUGGCACGGAAAUCAAACGAGCUUGCUCAAAAUUGUGUGUGCUUCCAGUUGGAGAAUCUAAAAGUGAAGUUAGUAAUAACUAAAAUUAAUAUUGAAGAUAAACAUGAAUUACUUACUUACGUCGUUACUUACCUGUAUUUGUAUUUUAUUUAAUGUGACUUUAUGUUGUUUAUCUGUGUAUAUUAUGUUUUCUCAUGUUUUGGUUAUCAUGUAUCAAUUUUUAAAUCCAAGGAUUUCAAGGCCGGCGGCAUGUUAAUGCAACAAUGAAUUUUAAAUUUAAGCGCGUUUGUAUAUCGCGCUAGUGUGUUCAGUAGGGAUUCGGCGCACGCAGAAGUUUCUUUUAGUUUAGUAGAUUGGUAGAACGACAUUGCGCGUUGUAAAAAUGGUGAGCAUUAAUGUAAAUUGUUCUUGUGCUUUUUACGUACAAAUAAAAUAUUAAAAGAA